UCACCGGAAAAUGAGGAGGGUGACAGAGGGGGUAUACUCCCCCCCCCUCCUGCCUUGUAAAAUCUCAGAAUCAGGCAGGAGGGAGCUGCUGACUGUGACACGACAUGACAUGAUGUCUGUGCUUGUGGGUGAAUUGUGAGGAGGAAAUGGGAGGAGGACCUGGGCUGUGAUGGACUUGACUAUCCAGGGGAGGUGGAAAUAUGUGGAGGCAACCUGGUCCACUGUAAAAGAAUACUGGAUGUGAGGUUAGAAGAUCUGCGAUUGAAUCCCACUUCUAAUACUUACGACUUGUGUGAUUUUGGACAAGUCCCUUUUAUCUGUAAAUGAGAGAGCUGGACUGGGAGGCCUCUGAGGUCUUUUCCAACUCCAUUUCUCUGAUCUUAAGAAUCUUCUGGAGGUAUGAAGGGGAAGCAGUUGCUUCCAAAUAAAAGCUAAAAAUCAGGCUAUGGGAAAGCCAAGGUUAAGAUUAAAGAUGAACAGUAUGGCUUUUGCGGGGCACUAAGUGUUGAAAAAUUAGGACCUUGGCUUUCCGACAAAUGAGUAGGAGCGCUGAUUACCCCCCUCCCCAUAUCAUUCUCUAGUUCUAACCUAUACCCCUUAUUGAGCAUACAAUCCAGGAAUUGUAAUGGUAAAUUGUCACUUUAGUCAUUUUAAAUGCCAAAGUCUAAUCUGAAACCAUCUACAGUGUCUUUAAUGACACGAGAUAGGAAGGGUCACUGAGUUCUCCACUCAGGGCCAGAUCCUGAUGUUACCUUCCCACUUUGCCCUCCUUGCCCUCUUCUCCACCCUAACCCUUGUCCCAACCCGAAGAUAGCUUGAUCUGAUUGUGUACAUCCUGGAAGAAUUGGCAGGAACAGUUUAAAUAAAAAGACUUCUGGAUGGGCCCAGACCUUAGGAGGACAGAGGGACGGAUGAGACCAUGGGUUACCUGAAGCCUCUGAAUUUGCCUCUUGUAAUAGAGCAUCAUCACGUCUACUGUGGGUGCGGAUUCUGGCUUAGAAGGAUAUAUUUGUAACAGACAGGUGGGAGAAAAACACAGACCUGAAGCCAAAGAAGUUACCUUCUGUGGAGCCAGCCUGGGACCUGGCCCUACACUGACCCCUGCCCAUGUCUCACUCUCAGCCUGGUCACAAGGCCCCGACCACAGUCACUAUCAGCCUUGAGGGCCAGAGCACUGGAGAUGCAGGGAUGCAAGAAUUCAGAACUCAGGUCCCUGACUGGACCCCAGACCUGGAGGAAGAGAAGAUAGUGGACCCUUGGGCCCUCCCACAGCUGAAAGCAUCUGGCCCAUCAUGGAAAGAGCUAAACUGGAAAGAUCGGCUACGCCAUGUGGUCAUUGGUGUCCUGAAGGGUUUUGCCCUUCUUGGCCUCCUCUACUUCUUCAUUUGUUCCCUGGAUAUUCUCAGCUCUGCCUUCCAGCUGCUGAGCAGCAAAGUAACUGGGGACAUCUUCAAGGACAACAUAGUCUUGUCCAACCCUGUGGCUGGACUUGUCAUCGGCAUCUUGGUCACUGUCCUGGUGCAGAGUUCCAGUACCUCUUCCUCCAUUGUGGUCAGCAUGGUGGCUUCAAACUUGCUAACUGUUAAAGCCUCGGUACCGAUCAUCAUGGGAGUCAAUGUGGGCACAUCUAUCACCAGCACCUUAGUCUCCAUGGCCCAAUCGGGUGCCAGAGAUGAAUUCCGGAGAGCCUUUGGUGGCUCUGCUGUCCAUGGCAUUUUUAAUUGGAUGACAGUUCUGGUGCUGCUGCCCCUGGAAGUUGCAGCCAGAGCUCUGGAGAGACUCAGUGGCCUGGUGGUGGGAGCCUUUACUCUCAGCCCUGGGCAACGGGCACCCGACAUCCUGAAGGUGCUAACCCAGCCCCUCACCCAUCUCAUUGUGCAGCUGGACUCUAAAGUUAUCUCAGAAAGUGCCACAGGAAAUGUGACCAACAGCAUCAUCAAGCGAUGGUGUGUCUCCAGGGACGAGAUGAAUGUGGAGACCAUAGUAGUGAAGAACAUGAGUGAAUGCAACAUGCAGUCCUGCUUCCCUUGCGGAGACCAGCUUUGCCUAGAGAAGAACAUCACAAGCACAGUCUACGUGGAACGCUGUCACCACAUUUUCGUGGGAUCGUCCCUCACUGACCUGGCCAUUGGCUUCAUCCUCCUGGCUGGCUCUCUACUUGUACUCUGCACUGGCCUGGUCCUCAUUGUUCGCCUCCUCAAUUCUGUCCUUCAUGGUCAGAUUGCCCAAGUCAUUCGAAAGGUCAUCAAUGCUGAAUUCCCUUUCCCCUUUGGAUGGCUCAGCGGCUACUUGGCCAUUGUGGUUGGUGCUGUUAUGACUUUCGUGGUCCAGAGCAGCAGCGUAUUCACUGCUGCUAUCGUUCCCCUGAUGGGAGUUGGAGUGAUCAGCAUGCAGCGGGCGUACCCCCUCCUCCUGGGUUCCAACAUCGGUACAACGACCACUGCCUUGCUAGCUGCGCUAGCCAGCCCUGCUGACAAGUUGCUCAGUGCUGUCCAGGUCUCCCUCAUCCACGUGUUCUUUAACAUGGCUGGCAUUUUGCUGUGGUACCUAGUGCCUGCCCUCCGCCUGCCCAUCCCUCUGGCCAAAAAGUUUGGGAAUGUGACUGCCCGUUACCGCUGGGUGGCUGGUGUCUACCUGCUCUUCAGCUUCUUCCUGAUACCCCUGGCGGUCUUCGGGCUAUCCCUGGCAGGAAAUGUUGUGCUGGCUGCUGUGGGAGGGCCUCUGCUCGGGCUCCUAGCCUUGGUCAUCCUUAUCAAUGUGAUGCAGCGGCGUUGCCCCACCUGGCUCCCCCGCUGCCUUCGGUCCUGGGCCUUUCUCCCAAUUUGGCUCCACUCGCUUCAGCCCUGGGACCAUGUCAUCACCAGCUGCUGCAAGUGCUGUCCCCAGGCCCACGACCCACCUGCGGACACCACAAUCAAGGAAGCCUACUGCUACGAGAACCCUGCUGUCCUGGACUCCCACAGCCUGUGAAAAUCCAUCUUUUAAUUAUCCCGGGUCACCGGGCCUGAGAGAAGGGUGGAAGGACAUGGAGAAGGGUCAGUCUCAUGAGUGUGGGUCCUCUCAGGGCAGGCAACAGUUGUGCACAGAUUCAUACAAAAAAGUGGAGGUGAGCCCUGGGUAGAUCCAGGGAAGGCUUCUAGGACACUGCCGUGUCAUAUUUACACCCCACACGAUCCCAUCUGCAACAAACGUAUCCUCAAAUCCCCUUUUAUUCUUACAGAAUAAAUGGAGCUCUAUAUCAUACCCUCCUUCCCCCUCCCCAGGCUUCUGCUUUCCUGAGCCUACUGGCUCCAGGGUUGGGAGGCUGCCUGAGGUGAGAGUCACACCUCUAGGCUGCCAGUACUGAGUGAGAAAGGGACAACCCUGGCUGAUGCUGCCCCUUGCUGGUCAACUAGGGACUUUGCCAGCCUGGUGUGUGGUGGAGAAGAAACAAAUCUGCAAUACUUCUGAGAACUGGCUGUGUGUCCAUAUGACAAUAUGUGGCUGAUGAUGAUCCUAUUCCCCGAGCUACCCAGAGGGGAGUCAGCAGGCCCAUCCUCAGGAAUUUUUUGGUCCAAAGGAUCCAGGGGUGGAAACCUGAAUAUGAUGGGGCAGAAACCUGUCUGGGACUAGUGCUCCUAAGUGCGAAAAAUCCAAGCAUUCUUGACUAGGAAUAGUCUUGGGCACGUCUAUGUGGGCCCAAGUUAGUAGGUUCCACAUCCAAAAGAGAAAGGAAUAAGAGAGAGCCUUGGGAUCAGGAACAGUUUUAUAACUGUUUAUAUAACAGUUUUAUAACUGUCAUAGGAUAAUCAGCAAUCAAUAAACAUUUAUUAAGUACUUACAGUGCACCAGGCAGAUGUACUUAACAUCAGAAUACAGAGGUGGAGGUGGGGGGGAAACAAAAACAGUCCCCACAUUCAAAUGGCUAGCAUUUAUAUAAAUCUUUAAGUUUUACAAAGUGGUUAUUCCUCUUGAUCCUUUCAACAAUCCUAUGAGUUGUAUACCACAAAUCACUAUUACCGCUUAUAAAUGGGGAAAUUGAGACUUAAAGAGAUUUUGACAACAGAGGCAAGACUAAAACUCAGAUUUCUGUGGAUACCAAAUCCAGCAUUCUUUACAAUAUAUACCCUUAGAAUCUGGAGAUGGCAGAGAUUUUUUUUUUUUAUUUUAAUAGUAUUCUAUUUUUCUAAUACAUGCAAAGAUAGUUUUCAAUAUUCACCUAUGCAAAAUCUUAUGUUGAUGGAAGAGAUUUUAAUGAUAAGUCAUUCUCAAAGAUUAAGGUCUAUACAGAAAAAAUUGCUUAUUCAGUCUUAUAGAGGCAGUAAGGAGUGGAACUGACAUUCAAACUUAGCUCUUGGUUUCCAAAUGCAGAGCACUUUCAACUAUAUUAUUCUGUUUCAGCACACUAUCUGAAACCAUCCAUCCUCCAAGAACCUACAUCAGCUCCUCCUUGAACUGUUCUCUAUUUAAGAACCCCCCGUUUCUGCCUCAUGUGGAUAUUUGUCUCAUCUCCCCAGCUACAUAUCUGGUUUUGCUGGCCUUGUUUACCACUCCACUAUUCUCUGGCCUUCCUUUUAAGGGAGUCCCUCUGGGAAAUGUAAUAUUCACCAUAAUAUCAUUGAACUAGCACUCACUAUGUGCUAAGUAUAGUGUGCUGUGUUUUUCAAAUAUGAUCUCAUUUGAUCCUCACAACCACUCUGGGAAG